GAAUCUUAAUUCGAGAAAAUCGUCGAGCGGUACUCCCUGCAGCGAUUGGGGUAUAAUAUUGUAAAAACUCGAGGAAAUCCUCGGACCGAAACGAUCGCGUUCGCGGGUCGAACCGGUCGUCGCGGUCUACGAAACGCGAUGUUGUUUUAAAUUCGCACGUUCGUUUCUGUUACAGCCGUGCGGGCGGACCGGAUGAGAGGCGGUAGGAACAAAUUCGGACCCAUGUACAAGAGAGACCGAGCGCGGAAACUGCAAAUGAUGAGACAACGGCAGCUGGCACUGCAAACGAUACGCGGCAGCCUCGGUGAUCCAUCGAACUAUCCCUCCGCCGUAACGCCUUUCCUGCAUAUUAAACAGGAGAUCCAAAUACCUCAGGUCUCGAGUCUAACGUCUUCUCCAGAUUCGAGUCCAUCCCCCGCAGCCGUGGCCGCUGGUCUGGUCACGACACAGGCUGGCAGCGGAGCUGGUCAGCAUCAACUGAUCGCACCGUCCUACCAGCCAAACAUUUCUGGUACAAACAACCUGCACAACCUCAACCCUGGCCUGGAUAGCAAGCUGUGGGCUGCCAAUUCCACCACCCCGAGUCCUAAGGCCUUCAACUUCGGCGAACAGUCCACGCAACCUCAGGGAGCCGCUGGUUCCGCGCCCUCUACAGCCGCCUUGAAAACUAGUCCGAUGAUAAGAGACUUCGUGCAAUCGGUCGACGACCGCGAGUGGCAGGCGUCCCUUUUUGGACUGUUGCAAAACCAAACGUACAAUCAGUGUGAAGUGGACUUGUUCGAAUUAAUGUGCAAAGUGCUCGACCAGAAUCUGUUCUCGCAGGUGGACUGGGCAAGGAAUUCUGUAUUCUUCAAAGAUCUCAAGGUUGACGACCAAAUGAAGUUACUACAGCACUCCUGGUCGGAUAUGUUGGUGCUUGAUCAUCUUCAUCAAAGGUUACAUAAUAAUCUACCCGACGAGACUACGCUUCAUAAUGGCCAAAAGUUUGAUCUCCUUUGUCUCGGCCUACUUGGAGUUCCUUCCCUGGCAGAAAUCUUCAAUGAAUUGUCAUCUAAACUUCAGGAACUCAAAUUUGACCUUUCGGACUACAUAUGCAUGAAAUUCCUGAUGCUGCUCAAUCAUGACGUUCGGGGAUUAGUUAACAAGAAACAUGUACAAGAAGGUCACGAACAAGUGUUACAAGCUCUCCUGGAUUAUACGUUGACAUGUUAUCCAUCUGUAACGGAUAAAUUUAACAAGCUGCUAGCAGUAUUACCAGAAAUCCAUGCGGUAGCGAACAGGGGUGAAGAUCACCUUUAUCAGAAGCAUUGUAGCGGCGGAGCACCAACUCAAACUCUUCUUAUGGAAAUGCUUCAUGCUAAGAGAAAAUGAAACGAUAAAUUCGUUUGGCAUCUUUGCCAUGAGUUAGUCUGUUGCUAUAUCUCAAAAAUCACGAUAGAGCCCCUUACCGUCAAAGUGGACCUCAAGUACCUACUAAGAGCUAACGCUGCUUAGGUAUUGGACCAAGUUAAGGGGCCCUGGUUCAAAAAAUACCUAUGCAAACAAAUCAAGUAUAGACGUACAUACUUUACAUAUAUACAUAAUAUAUGUAUUAUAACGUGUAUCUAAAUAUAUAAACAUAAUGACAUAUAUUUUCUAUAUUUGAUGUUGAAGUUUUAGAGAUGUAUCCAUGGAGAAUUACUACCCCUGUUGGUGGGUACAAGCGCAGGGAAACAGUAAGCAAGAUGCCUUGAAAACAGUACAAAGGGUGGUUAACAAAAUAUUGGUCAAAGGGCAGGCAACUUUUGUCUAAAUAAGUAAAGCUAUUUUUCUAAUACUAGAAGCGAUUAUUUUUAAGCAUACCACUGAAGCCUUGCUCUCAUUUUGAACAAAAAGAUAUCCUAAUAGUAACGAACGAAAAAAAAAGAUUGCCGACUCUCCAGUCAAUCAUGCUUCUGCAAGGGAUUCAAUGGGCAUACUUGAACGACAGUAAAAUUUCAUGUGAUAUACUUAUAUAUACAUAUAUACAUAUAUGUCGCACGGCCACCUGGGCAUCCUUAGAACUUCCUAUAAAAAAUCUGCAUUUUGUCACACUUGCACACAGCAGGGCUACUAUAUUGUAAAUACUAGUUAACACAUUCCAAUUAUGUUGUAAAGUAUGAAUCAUGUUAAAUAUGUAAUUAUAAUAUUUUGUGUAUAGUUUAAUAAAAUAAAUAUAUUUCUGUUGCUUACCGAGAAAAAAUCAUUAGCUACUUAAUGUCUUCACUAAUUUUAGAAUCUUAUUCAUGUAUUUUUCUCUUUAUUAUUUUUCAAAUAGGUGGCGGAAAAAAAUAACCACAAAAUGCGAUAUUUUAUUAUUGUAUAUUGUAUUAUAAUAAAGAUUCUGUUUAAGAAAUAAAAGAAUCAUUGGAGCAAG